AUGUCUUAUCCCAAGGAAUUUACUGGGUUCCAGGUCCCGAGCGCUGAAAAAUGGCUCGAUCUUGAGAAACGUACUUGGGAGCCGCGACCUUUUGGAGAUUACGAUGUCGAUAUCAAGAUAGAAUGCUGCGGUGACGUGCACACCGCUCGCGGCGAUUGGGGCGAGAUGCCCUACCCUUUUGCUGUCGGCCACGAGGUCAUUGGGAGGGUUCUCCGCGUGGGCCCGAAGGUGACACUCGCACAGGUGGAUCAGCGAGUCGGCGUCGGGGCCCAGGUUUACUCCUGCUUGGACUGCCGCCACUGCAAGAACAACAAUGAAACCUACUGCAAAGAACAGGUCAAUGCCUAUGGGGCACCGUAUCCAGGGACGGAUUGCACGACCCAGGGCGGAUACUCAUCCCACACGCGGAUCCAUGAAUACUGGGUAUUUCCAAUUCCGGAUAGCUUGGCUAGCAGUGAUGCUGCCCCCAUGAUGUGUGCAGGCGUCACCGUGUAUAGUCCGCUCAGACGCUUCGGCGCAGGGCCUGGCAUGAAGGUUGGCGUGGUGGGUAUCGGGGGCCUCGGCCAUUACGCCAUCAUGUUUGGAAAGGCACUUGAUGCGGAGGUGUGGGCUAUUUCCCGAUCACGCGACAAGGAGGCCGACGCGAGACAAAUGGGGGCCGACGGCUUCCUCGCCACGAACGAGGAGGGCUGGAACCAGCCGCAUGAAAUGACGUUUGAUCUGAUCAUUAGCACGGCAAGCUCCUUCCAAGACUUUCCGCUAACACAGUACCUCAGCCUUCUGGGCGUGCACGGACGCUUCCACUUGGUGGGCGUGCCCGGCGGCGAUGGCCUAAAGGUCUCUACCUUCGACUUCAUCGGGAACGGCUGCUCCAUCGGCGCUUCAAACCUCGGGGGUCGGCGCGAGGUUCUGGAAAUGCUGGACUUGGCAGCCAGCAAGGGUAUUAAAUUGGGUAAAGGAGGUCCCCAUAUCAAAAGAAGGCAUUCAAACAGCGAUCAACCAGCUAGAAACUAG